CUGAGAGCCGGUCGAAGUGCAUUAAACAAAACGCAGGCGUGAGACAACAAUGUCAUUGCAACAGCUGUAAGGCGAACAUGCAUGGACUGUGUGAGUGAAUAUGGGAAAUACUUCCACGAGGAUAACAGGAUAUCGUGUCUCCACGAGACUUGGAGGUGGGUGUUUUGGUGUUGUUUAUAAAAUAAAAAGCAAGACCGACGCCAAAGCAUAUGCACUUAAAGAAAUCUACCGAGGAAAAAGUCCCAACGGCUUGGACUCCUUACACAGGGAGGUUAACAUCCACGAACAGCUGCCUUACCAUAGAAAUAUCGUCAGAUUCAUUGAAUGUUUCAAACGUGAGUUCAAACUCUAUAUCGUGUUGGAAUUUUGUUCUCUUGGAACAUUGAAUGACUACAUCAUAAGGAACGACGUGUCUGACCAGGCACUCCUGUAUUUUAUGUUUGACACAGCGAGAGGCCUGCAGCACAUCCACCGAUAUAAUAUAGUUCACCGUGACAUUAAACCAGAUAACGUGUUGCUAUCGCCUGGCAAGUUUGGAAUUCCAACAUGCAAGAUUUGUGACUUCGGUUUGGCCAGGUAUUGUGAUAAGGGUGGUGUGGUUGGACAGCGAUGUGAUAACGAUCCCCCAGCAUCAGAUGACGGACCAAUGAUGUACAUGGCACCAGAGGUCACGUCUGGAUUAUAUACUUUAGCUUGUGACAUAUUUUCACUUGGCAUGUUGUAUUUCGUAAUGUACUCGCGUCACGUGACAGAGUUCAAAGGGCGGAAAGUCCUCGAACCCCACGCUCACGGAUAUCCUAUGUUCACAGCCCCAGACAGCAUUGUUGAAACUGAGAUCAAGCGAUAUAUACGAGGUCAACUUAACCGAGAUUUGGUUAUCUCGAUGUUGAAGAAGACGCCUAGCGAUCGGUACACUAUUUGCACUGUGUUGGAGAAGCUGUAUGAAUUAUUUGCAUGUGCGAUAUCUUCCGACAAAGACGAUAACACCACGUGCCGUAUUUCAAAUGGACAUAUUCAGUAGAGUAACAUCCCAGCAGCUGUGACACGGUUUAUUUGUAUAUCAUGUGAAAUACAAACACAGCAUGACACACUCAAAGAUUGAUUAGCGGGUUUCAAUUUAGCGUGAGUGAUCGAUCGUAUACCUGUAUGCAUGUAUUCUCUCCGGGCCUUCCCAUAUUUAACUUAAAUGGGAAUUGUGUUUGAGCACAUGAAUCCAUACAUAUUACAUAACCGGUCGUGUAUUUAAUUUGUCAUGUUUGUGAGCAUAUUUCAUGUGGACAGUAUGAAGCAUAUGGUAGCAUAUGUAUGGGCAUAUGGCUAAAAACUUUUCUCAUAUGUACUAAUGUCAGUAAGACCCGAUACCGGAUACAAUAUCUUCCUGAA